GCAUUAACACAUUCAAACACCUCAACACAAAAAAACAAAACACAGAGAACUUUGCCAUUUCCAUAAUCUUCGCAACUUUGCAGCUAUGAAAUCCGCUCUCCUCCGAACCGGCUCCGUUCCCGUCCUCUCUCCGGCCGCCGCUUCUUUCUCCUUCUCCAACAACAAACCGUUGUAUGGAGUUUUCUCCUGCUACAAAAGUUCCGUUUCAUCUCCCAAAAUCUCUCUACAUUUCGAAAUCAAUCAUCGCAGAGGAAAGAAUUCCAGUCGUAUCCGAAGAGCAGCAUCAGAGAGCGACAUCACACAAUCGCUGCACGAGGUUUUAAAUCCACACGAUCAAUCCAGUGGAGUGAGAUCUCGAUCUCGAUCUCGAUCUCGGUCGUUUCCUUCCGGAAUUCCAGAGGAGGAGUUGCUGAACGAGGAUGAAUCCGACGGUGAUUCCAUGAAGGAUGGCGUUGAUUUUGUUUCAGAUACGUUUUCAAACGGAAGUAAUGACCGUAGUAAGAUCGGAGCGUACUACGAAGAGUUGCUGAAAUUGAACCCGAGCGAUGCUCUGUUACUGAGAAACUACGGAAAAUUCUUACACGAGGUGGUGAAAGAUACGAUACGAGCGGAAGAAUGCUACAGCAGAGCAAUACUCGCAAGUCCAACAGACGGUGAAUUACUGGCUUUGUAUGGAAAAUUAGUAUGGGAUACUCAAAGAGACAAACGAAGAGCUCAAUAUUACUUCGAUCGCGCCGUCUAUGCUUCUCCAAGCGAUUGUUUGGUGAUAGGACAUUACGCUCAUUUCUUGUGGCAAGUGGAAGACGAUGAGGCAGCAGCGGCGGCGGCGGCGGCAGCGGAGGCUCCACCGGCGGCUGUGGUAUCGGCGUAUUGAUGUGGAUGAAAUUGGUUUUUGGAAAUUAGGAGGGGAAGAGGAAGAACUAACGAAGGAAGUGUGCACGUGAUUUGUGCAUGGGCCAUUUUCAAGAGGGAAUAAGAUUACGUUAUGGGCUGCUGUCAGUUUUCUAUUUUAUUAUAUUUAAAGCUCUUUUAUAUAUUUAUAUUUUUCUCUUUUGUAAAAGUGUAUAAUCAUAAUUUUUUGGAAAAGUUUUAUCGAUGUGUACUUAACAAAGUUAACAUUCGAUGCAUAAUGCAAAAUGCAGUCUGAAUAAAAAGAAUAACUCAAUUUUUUUUUUCAAAGGUCAAACUCUUUUUUCCUGUUUUUUUAAAAUUUAAUUUUCCUUUUGUGUUUGGAAAAUGGCAACAUUAUUAAGAGAUCAUUAUAUUAGUUGUUUGAGUUGAAAAAUUAUAUAUUUCUGUAUUAGUUACCAUAGAGAAAAAGUCUUUUUACAUUUUAUUAUUCCCUUCUAUAGGUUAUAUGUUAUAAUAUAACAUAUAAUUAGUCAUUUUAAGUGGGUAGCUUUUUGAAAAGGAGAGGAUUCCCUCCUGGUUGAGUGGCUUCUUGGCCGAAAGAGAAAAGACAAAUGAGUUUUGGAUUUUUGGAUUUUUGUUAGUGAUCGAUCUUCAAAACUUCUACCUCUCUAUUUAAAACUUUCCCUCAUUCAAAAAUAGUCAGAGUCCACCACUCCUGUUCGUGUUUUCGAGGGAAUCUUGAAGAAAAGUCUUCAAAGGUAAGGUUAACCUAAUUAUAUAGCAUGCAGUAAUUUAUGUAAAUGCAUUACUGUAAAAUUUACAUUCAGUGAAAAAUGGGAUUUGGGAUGAUCUUUCUUCCGCUCACGAUUCCCUUCAAUUUAGGAUCCUUCAAUUGUAUAAGAGCCAGGUUGUUGGUUUACUGAUCCCAAAUUCCAUUUUAAUUCCAUUUUUUUAAUUGAUUUUACAGUGAUGGUGGGUUUUACACUUUCUGCAUUUUAUUUAAAGUUCAUGUGAUGAAUGGUUUUGAAUUUGGUUUUGUUGAUGGAUGUUUUGGGAUAGGAUACUUAUAUUUAUGGCUUUAAUUUCAUUUACAAAAAGGCCCCUAUUUUGGGCAUAAUUUUGUUAGAGUCUGUAUGCAUUGUUUUGAGUCGCUCGUGUUGUUUUUGGGAGCUUCAAAGAAGAAAUUCAGAGCACUGCUGUGAUGAAGAAGAAAGUAGAUCUACAAGAUCGUGUAGUAGUGCCACACGAUCAGAUAACUUUUGUUAAACGAUCGUGUAGUAUUUGCUACACAAUCGUGUAGCUAAUGCUACAAGAUUAUGCAGCAAGUUUUGCAGCUCGUACAACAAGUUUGCUACACGAUCAUUGUAGAGAGUUCGUUGAAGGGCUGUUUGGUUCAAGCGGUUCAAGGUCUAGUUCACCUAUAUCGAACUGGAUGGCUCUUAUGCUAUAAUAAUUAACCUUUUAAGUUUCCUUUUAGGUGUCCUAUCCCGGUCCAUUAACUGUUUAUAUUAAA